GGCCAAUUAAGGAUAAACCAUAUUCAUUCAGGAUUCUAUAUACACUAUUAUCUACAAAUAAAUUCAUCUAUAUCAUCUUGUAUAUGUGUAUCUAUAUAUAGACCAGCCUAUGAUUGGGUAUUCACUGAAUCCACUGACAACUAUGAAGGAAUCUCCAGCUUUCUCUCUCCUCCUCCUCCUCGUCCUCCUCCUCCUCCCUCUGUUAGCCUCGUGUGUUGAAAGACAGGUGUGUAUAGUAUAUUUUGGAGAACACAGUGGAGAGAAAACAGUGAAUGAAAUCGAAGAAAACCAUCACUCUUAUAUAUACUCUGUUAAGAAAACAGAGGAAGAAGCCAGAGCAUCUCUGCUUUAUAGUUACAAGAAUAGUAUCAAUGGCUUCGCGGCAUUGCUCACCCCAGACGAAGCCUCGAAACUCUCUGAAUUGGAAGAAGUGGUAUCAGUGUUUAGAAGCGACCCAACAAAGUACUCAUUGCAAACUACAAGAUCAUGGGAAUUUGUAGGCUUAGAAGAGGGAGAGGAAUUGAACAACGAUAUGAACAAAGAUGAAUUGUUGUUGAAAGCCAGAUAUGGAAGAGAUGUCAUUGUUGGCCUCUUGGAUAAUGGUGUCUGGCCAGAGUCAAGUAGCUUCAGUGAUGAAGGAAUGGGACCCAUUCCAAAGUCUUGGAAAGGAAUCUGCCAGAGUGGUGAUGCUUUUAACUCGUCAAACUGUAAUAAGAAGCUAAUCGGAGCCCGAUACUACCUCAAAGGAUACGAGCAAUACUAUGGGCCUCUGAACACUUCCCAGGAAUACCGAUCCCCCCGUGACAAGGACGGUCAUGGGACCCACACAUCAUCCACGGUGGGCGGACGCAGGGUCUCCAACGUUUCCGCCCUUGGCGGAUUUGCCCGCGGCACUGCCUCAGGAGGCGCACCGCUAGUCCAUCUGGCAAUGUACAAGGUUUGUUGGCCUAUCCCAGGGAAAGGAAAAGAGGAAGGAAACACAUGCUUUACUGAGGACAUGUUGGCGGCAAUUGAUGAUGCCAUUCGCGAUGGAGUUAAUGUGCUUAGCAUAUCAAUUGGGACGUCUAAGCCUACCAAUUAUACUGAGGAUGGGAUUGCAAUUGGGGCUCUUCAUGCUGUUAAGAAAAAUAUUGUGGUGGCUUGUAGUGCUGGAAACAAUGGACCGACCCCAUCGACAUUGUCAAAUCCAGCCCCUUGGAUCAUCACUGUUGGGGCUGGCAGCGUGGACCGGGCAUUUUUGGCGCCUCUUGUGCUAGGCAAUGGCAUGAAAAUUGAGGGGCAAACAGUUACUCCAUACAAGCUGGAGGAGAAAAUGUACCCACUAGUUUGUGCAGCACAAGUAGUUUCUCCAGAUGUGCCCAAAAGUUAUAUUGCUGGGCAAUGCCUACCUGGUUCUCUUUCACCAGAGAAAACCAAAGGGAAGAUUGUGAUGUGCUUGAGAGGAAAUGGGACUAGAGUUGGAAAAGGGGAGGAGGUGAAGAGGGCUGGUGGCAUUGGUUUUGUUUUAGGAAAUAGUCCGGCCAAUGGAGCCGAGUUGGCAGCGGAUGCUCAUCUUCUUCCAGCAACAGCCGUGAAUUCGGAUGACGCAAUCAAGAUUCUCAAGUAUAUCAAUUCGACAAGGAAUCCGACAGCAUAUAUCAUUCCAGCAAGGACUGUACUAAAUUGGAAACCCGCACCAUUCAUGGCCGCCUUCUCAAGCCAAGGUCCAAAUGUAAUUACCCCUGAUAUUCUCAAGCCCGAUAUAACGGCACCAGGACUGAAUAUAUUGGCAGCAUGGAGUGAAGCAUCAUCCCCUACAAAGGUGGCCGAGGAUAAUAGAGUGGUUCAGUAUAACAUUCUUUCAGGAACUUCUAUGUCUUGCCCUCAUGUGGGUGCUGCAGCUGCCCUUCUCAAAGCCGUUCACCCUACUUGGACCAGUGCCGCCAUUAGAUCUGCUCUUAUAACCACAGCGGGGCUAAACAACAACAUGGGAAAGCCAAUAACCGACGCCGCCGGCAACCCAGCAAACCCCUUCCAGUUCGGCUCCGGCCACCUGCGACCAGCAAAGGCGGCAGAUCCCGGCCUUGUCUACGACGCCUCUUACACAGACUACCUCCUUUUCCUCUGCGGCAAUGGUGUCACAAAUCUCAACCCAUCGUUCAAAUGCCCCAAAUCUCUACCCACAUCCAACAAUCUCAACUACCCAUCCCUAGCAAUUUCCAAGCUCAAUGGCACCAUGACCGUUAAGAGAACCGUCACCAAUGUGGGCGGCGGCGGCAAGGCUGUGUACUUCUCCUCCGUCAAACCACCAAAGGGGUUCUCUGUUAAGGUGUGGCCGCCAAUUUUGUUCUUCAACCAUGUAGGUCAGAAGAAGAGCUUCACCAUAACGGUGAGAGCAAAAGGAAAGGCUGCAGAAACCAUAGGAAAAAAUGGGCAUGCUUUUGGAUGGUACACUUGGAAUGAUGGGGUCCAUGUUGUCCGGAGUCCCAUGGCUGUAUCAUUGGCUUAAUCGUGUGAAAUUAUUUUCUUGGUUAAUUUUUACCCUUUUUUGUUCUCUUUAUUUUGUCUACUUUCUAGUACAAGAAGUAAGAUCACAUUUUAUAAGGAGAAGUAUAGUAAAAUUAUUGAAUGCUUUGAAUGGAAA